GUUGUUCCGGGUCGGUGCCACAGCCGGGAAGAUGGAGGCUCAGGGCCGCCGCCGGGCCUGGCACAGCCCCGAGCCUGGGCCCGCGACCGACCGCCACCGAUUGAGGAUCAAGCGAGAGGGGGCAGUUGGCCCCAAGCACCGGCCCUCGAGUUCGGGCUCCUCCGGGGGCAGCGUCUCUCCACCUGAGCACUGGCAGAGCCGCUCCCCGGCCCGGAGGAAGCCGGCACCCGAACAACAACAACAUUCACGGCCCGGGGGCAAGUUGAAGCGGGAACGGCAUGACCAUUCUCAACGGGAUCAUGCUGAGAGACGACACAGAGACCACUCUAGUAGAAAUGGGCAUCGGCGCAAGAAGAACAGUGACCGAGAGCGUCACAGAGAAUGUUCAGACCGGGGCCGAGGCCACAACAAAAGGAAUGGUAGCUCUCACACAGAAGGUGGUACAAGUGGCCGAGACAGGGAGGCUCAGCUCCUCAGCACUCAGCAGGCCGAGCGAGAGUACUACAAUGAGAGAAGGCGUCAAAACCGCAAUCAGUGUCCCCUGCUCAGUGAUGAGCAUCCUGCCUCUGAGUCAAAUAACAGCCAAGCUCAUAGUGGCAACACAGCCCCGGUGAAAGAGGAGCCAAAUUUUGAGCUUUCUGGUGCCCUCGUGGAAGACACAAACACCUUUCGUGGAGUGGUGAUAAAAUACUGUGAACCGCCCGAGUCCCGGAUCCCAAGGAAACGAUGGCGGCUUUAUCCGUUCAAGAAUGAUGAGCCUCUUCCAGUUAUGCACAUUCAUCGUCAGAGUGCCUAUCUCUUGGGCCGACAGCGGAGGGUCGUGGAUAUCCCAAUUGACCAUCCUUCCUGCUCCAAGCAACAUGCAGUGCUACAAUACAGACUUGUGGAAUUCACACGGAAUGAUGGCACACCUGGCAGGAGGGUGAGACCGUAUAUCAUCGACCUGGGUUCAGCCAAUGGCACGUACCUUAACAAUCAACGCAUUGAAUCACAGCGAUAUUAUGAACUCAAAGAAAAGGAUCUGCUGAAAUUUGGCUUCAGCAGCAGGGAGUAUGUCAUUCUACAUGAAUUCUCGGAUACUGCUGAGGUGGAUGCAAAAGAAGAGCAGCAUGACGAGGAUGAGGGAGUUGAAAGUUAAUAUAAAACCUUUCCCACUUUUUCUUUUUGAAAUUGGAACUGCAGGUUUACUUUUCCUUUCAAAUGUGCAGGUAAAUAGUUCUACUAGAAUUGCAAGGACCAGGUGACAGUUGACCAGUUUCAUAAUUUGAAGUCCAGGCUCACUCUUUCAGUUGUGUAUCUUGACUCACUCUCAUAUUGUCAGUAUUCUAUUAUAAACCAAUAUGAUAUUCGAAGAACAAAGUGUGGCCUGGUGAACAGAAUUGAACAGUAUAAUCCCUUCAGACCAAACAUUUAGCGCCCUAUUUUGAAUUUACGUUUCACAAUCUGAUCACUUUGCCUCCAGUCUGGUACUCAGGUGGAGUCACGCGAAAUAGUGGCAAGAAACUACAGAGUUUACUGUAGUACCUUCAGCAGAACAGCUACUAAACUGUCAACGCUGUUGGAGUAUGUGAUGGUUUUCAUUAUAUUUUGAUUUUUUUAGGUGGAGGAUAAUAAGCUUCGUAAGCAAACUAUUCUACUGGACUGUUUGGUCUUGGAACGUCAUCAGACAACUGCAUGUCGUUGCUUCAGGUCCUUUCAUUCAUCUGUUGGUUUUUAUUCAGGUUUUGAGAUUGUGCUGCUAGGCUGAAACCUAUAUAAUUACUUUCUUUUCCUGAAGCAGAUUGUAAACAAGUUCUGUGCUUUUCUUCAUUGAAAACCUCUUCUGUACACGAGUUACAGAAAUGGACUUUUCAGAAUCCCUUUUGCAUUCAAUGGUUAAUUAAGGAAAUGGUUCAAAAAUGGCCAAGAAUUUAUAAUUUUGACAGAAAACAUUUUAUGCUGAACCCUUUUUAUGAAAAAGUGCAGGAAUUUUUCCCCUACCCAGGAGUGAUUUAUGUGUCUGAGUUGGAUGUUUAUCUUGCAGGUAGAGAAAAGGUUGAGAACUUGUUUCACAAUAAUGCACUGCACAUAAUUAUGUGUUGCCCCAGCCAGCUUGGAGUUAAUUUUCAGGUUCAUUGUUUGCACCAGGAAGCAAGAGGAACAGCAAUAGAUUUUUCUACAGUGAACCCCAAUAGGUGGGACCAACUGUGUCGUGGUCUGUCUGGUUUGAUUUGGAAUUAGUCACAAACUUGGCUGCACCUGACAUUGAAGGGAACACUGAUAAAUGAUGGAAACACAUUAGCUACUUAUCCCAUCUGUAAGAUGGGGCCUUUGACCUAUACUUUUCCUUGUCCCUACAUGAUGGAUGUGCUUGCCACUAAAUGCCAUCCCUCCUGCUUUCUCUCUGAAACAAGUUGCAUUGCUAGGAUGUCACUGGCUCAGAGCCAAGUCAUUAUAAUGGUUGCUCCAAUGUUGAUUGGAAAUUUGGGAUGCAGUUUUUUGUUGUAAACUUUAAAAUCUUUGCACUGCCCAUCACUAAAAUAAAAACCUAGUCGCGUCUGAUGUUGGAUUCUGUCAGCAAGAUCUGAUUCCCAUCUCUUAUUAUUUAGCAGUCUGUUGCUGGAUUCAGGCAAGAAAGAUUUGGUUUAGGUAUAUUCUGUGAAAGCAUGUCUGUGCUUUUUUUUUAGUUUCUGACUUCAACUGGUUGUAUGUGAAAUAUUCCAAAAACAUUUGUUUAAAUUUUUAGCAGCUGUAUAAAAGCUUGUGGAGCUGAAAUGUUAAUCUGACACUUUUUGUCACUGCACAUGCUGCCUGACAUGCUGAAUGCUUUUUCACCUUUUCUGUUCUUAAAUAAGUUUCAUAAGGUUGAUGGAUUUCCCAGUUAAGAUGCCUGGCUGUCCUAGACAAACACUGCAUCCAACACUGCUUCUGUAACUGCUUAGAGUGAAGCUAUUUAAUUUAGAGGGUGAGGAUGGAGCACUGCUGUUGGGCACCUUGUUUGAUUUGUACUUCAAACUCACUGGCUACAUCGGAGGUCCCCUACCCUGACUCGAAAGAGUUUUGAUGCUGUGUAGCCUGCGUGAGAGGGGUAGGAAAUGUAGUUGCACUUGAUAAACAUGGCAUCUAAGGAGUUUGUUUUAUUUUAAAACAGGAAAGCGGGUAAGAUCUCUUUUUUUUCCACAGUUUUAAUGUAAUUGCACGCACCUAAUGCGUAUUGACCUUGAAAGCAACCAGUCGGGGCAAAAGAAAAAUUUUGACUAUUUAUUUUCUACUUACAAAAUUGUUUUCUUUGUUAACAAAUGUAUCUGCUAAAAUGUUAAUAGAUUUUCAUACCAAAGGGCUCAAAUUUACCCCUCCCAAUGUAGUCACCAAGCAAAGAAGUGGUCAGAUUGUUGCUAAGCAACAGAAGAAUGAUAAUGAACAAUGACACAUGCUUACCUUUUGGAACAUUUUGUUAUUAAAUGAAAAUCUGUUUUAAAAUACAGCUCAAAUUAUAUUUUGUUGUAUAAAGUAAACCGGUGUUCUUGUAGAUUGUAAUGUUGACUUUGUUACAAUCACUCCUAUGUUUUUGGCAGUCUGUGUCAUUUUUAGUAAAGUAGAUUUCGACAAUAGUUUUCUUGUGUUUGACCGCCUUUGUUAC